AUGGGAAGAAAAAUCUUCUUCAGUUUUUCACUUAUUUUUUUAUGUAUAGGAUUUUCACUGACUUUGGACCAAAUACUUGCCAGGAAGAAUGUGAGUUUCAUCUCUCGAACAUCUUCAAAUAGAGAAGUGGUUAUAAACGAUCAGCUGAGUAAUGGAGAUAUGAAUCCAAUCCAGAAUUUCACAACAAUACCAAUCACACAGACUCUCAGCUACACUCCGAGCAGACAAGGACAUUUAGAAAAAGAACCUUGGAAUGCAUUCAGCCAUCAUAGCCCAAUCAAUGUCUCCAUGGAUGGAAUUCCCUGCAUUCUUUUCUGGGCCAAAGGAAUAACAGUAAAAUUUAAGAAUCAGACCUGGCUGGACCUUACAGAUGAAGCUUUUGGCCAGGCGGCAACAGUGGACAUUAGCAACUCAAAUUGCAGUGAAGAAAGUGCCAUUUUGUCUCUGAAGUUUGUUGAUGCUGAAAUUCCCAAAGGUCUUGAUAUAAGAUUCACCCUUACCAGUUACAACAAGUUGUACCUCCAGAGCUGGUUUAGUCUGCAGCGAGUCGAGAUUAUUUUCAAUAAUUCAAUCCAAGCAACUUUUAAUGCAACUGGCAUCUAUGCUCCGUCAAGUUAUUCCUACCACUGCCACCGUGUCAGCAGCCUGCCACGGUAUGAUGCCCUCUUGUUGCCCAGCUACGCGGAUGACACGGCAAACCUGUGGGAGGUCACUUUUGUUGAUUUCCAGAUCCAAGGCUUCACCAUCAAGAGGAGGCAGUUUGCCAAGCCCCGAGACUGUGCCUCCUCCUUCACACCAGCCAUUCUGAUUGGCCUGGCCAUGUCCCUGAUCCUGCUGCUGGUGUUGGCCUAUGCUCUGCACAUGCUCAUCUACCUGCGGUAUCUGGAGCGGCACUAUGAUUUCAUCACCUCUCCGGCCCACUUCCCCCAGUUGAAAGCUCAAGAUGCAGCAGAAGAGAAGGAGCUGCUGAGGAGCCAGGGAGUCGAGUGCUAUGAACUGAGAAGCCAACAGAUCUGCAAAAUUUAUGUGUAAUAGCGCAGGCCCCUCUUCCUCACGAAGUCCGCAGUGGGCUCUGAAAAGAGUUAUUUCUGUCUGUCCUCUUUGACUUCUGAUAUAAAGUGUUCACCUCAAGGCUUAAAAAAAAUACAUGCAAAAAAUACAUUUUGGAGCAUCCACUGGCCUACUUAGAGAGAUUUGAGGCAAUGAAAAAGUCCCAGGAACCCCACAGAGGUAAAUAUGAUUGUUGCCCUAAAACUACUUGGAAAGCAAAGGGAUAUUUCAAGUUAGGAAGACAGAAAAAACCAUUGAUGCCAUUAAGAGAGGGGAAAACAUAUUUGGUCCUCCUUGCUUGUGCCAGUUCAGAUGUGAUAAUAUAGAAACAAUAAUUCCAAGGUUAUCUGGAAGUUCAGAAUUUAAAGUAUUUUGUAAGUUUGCAUUUUUAGAAAUUAUAUCCCAGUUUUGUUUUAAAAAGUAGUCUCUUUCCCAGAGCUAUUUAGGGAAGACACUUGUCAAUAUGAUAGAACAAUUUAUUCAAGGGCUUUCUUGUCAUUUACUUUGCUGUUCAGAGGCACCCCAGUUCAGUUUGUGAAAGAGGGUAACAGUCUUGUAGUUUCUUACCUUUUCCAUCUGGUUGUGGUGCCAAGGCUUGUUUCAUUUGUCUGAUUAGACAUCCAUUAACUCUCCUAGGUGCUACUUGAAAUAAGCAACUGAGCUAAGAACAGUGUGCUUGCUAUGCAAACACAGCUUCACGGCAAAUCUCCUAAACCCCCUUCCAGUGAGAUUGUGUCCCUUAAACUCUUCUUUAAUAGAAAUUCUGCACCCACCACUGCUCUUCUUACAUAUGGAUUUCUCCAUAGUCUUUUCCAGUUCUUGACAGAUACUGAAGAUUGGCUUUCCCUGAAUUUUCACCAGAGCGUCUCUAAUAUGCCUUGUGUGUUAAAGAGAGCUUAUGUGUAAAAGUACAUUGUAUUUCCCUAACUAGGUUUCCACACAUGAACUAGGGUUCCAUACAUGACUUGCACAAAACUUAGAAAGCAGAUGGGAACAAUGUGGGGUAGAGGAUCAUGCAUAGAGAAAUUGAAUCUCUUGGGCAGCUGUGGUAAUAAGUUUACAGUCUAGUACCAACUUUGAUGCCAAGUGUGAAUGACAAUGAUUUGGGUUUCUGAUAAAACAGUCUUAUGUUGGACAUUUCUUUGGCUGCAUUACUCUUGGCUGUGAGUAUAGGUUUGGUUCCAACCCUCUCAGAAUUCUGUAACCUCUUAAUACUCUAUAGUGAAUUUUUUUUUAAUACCUGGCGUAGAUUCUGUAUUCUGUAACUAAGAAUCUUGAUUCAUGUACCUAUUUGUACCAAAGAUGGUUAUAGGGAAUACACCCUGAAGAAUUUGGGAAUCUAGUAUUGAUUUUUUGGCCCUGUUUAGCCUAAAACCAAGGAGGACUCUUAGCAUUAGAGAGUGGGAAACAGAUAGUUCACAUCAUUCCAUAAUGAAAUUUUCAUUGUGGUUGUUUUGAGUAUCCAUUGGUGGUAUCAGUGGUGGUUGUGGUAGGCUAUAGGUACUUGAAGGAUAAACAUAACUUACAGUCCAACUGGGACACUUUUGAAAGAGAAAACGUCAUUUACAAUUCCAAGAUAACAGACAUAAGCAGAAGGAUGCCAAACUGGGAUAUAUAGUCAUCCUAGAUAUGGUAAGACCAUGCAGGUAUGGUGAUUGUCCUACAGGGUGAGACCCUGUAAGGUAAACUGGUUCUUUCUAACUGUGCUAGAGGGCUUACAGAAAGAAAAUAAUAGCUUAAGAUUUAAAAUUCACAGCUCAAGUCAUGGUAAAAAAUAAAACAAAAACAAAAACAAAAACCCAGGGAGUUUCUGUGACUGAUCUAUAGCUCUUAUCAAGGAGCUGGCAUAGUUGCAAAUCAGACACAUAGGUCUGAUCCUGUAAGUUGGUAAAAUACGUUGUAGCUGGAAUUCACAGCCUUGCCAGAUCUCUUAAUGAAUAUGAGGGAACUGAUUUUUACAAAAAAGAAGAAACUUGAAAUAAGAAUGGUAACUUGGGGAUAAUUAAACAACUUUAUGGAUAUUGAACCCAUAAACUCCACUAAGUUUUUCUUGCUAGCAGAAGCAGCCAUGUGAGGUGAAGCUAUUCUGACCUCACCAAAGAUAGUUACCUUGCCAGGGGGUGCCGAUUUUCCUCAAUGUCUCUAGACAAUUGGAAUCACACUCUAGCAUAUCCCAGGGAACCAAUUGCAAAGUCAAAUAUGGGAGAAUAAAAAUGGGAAGGUUUUGCUAAUUUAUGCAACAAAAGAUGGAGGAAUAUGUGGGAGAAUGGAUUCUGGAGGUGCUAGCUCAGAGAGGGAAGUGUAUAAUUUUAGAUUGGGCUGAAUUUUUUUAAUAGGUUCUCUUACCAGAUUUUGGGUUAAAUAUUCUGGUUUGAAUUUGCAACGACGUGGAUGGAACUGGAGGGUGUUAUGCUGAGUGA